AUGCUCCCUGGUCCUCAGGCCCAACAGGGGCAAAAGACGAAAAUCGCCUGGGAGCCAGGCCAACACCACUCGGCCCUGGGCCCCCCGCAGCACCAGCAGAGCCUAAGGAGCCUGCCCCGCGACCCUGCAGCUCCAGCAGGGGGCGCCCCAGCGGACGCAGGUACCGGCACGGCCCGCAAAUCCAGCGCGGGCCGGGACGAGACUGGCGCGGGGCCCCCUGCCCCCGACACAGGGGAGGGACGGGACGCCGAGAGAGAUGCAGUCCGCGCAGCUGCGUCGCUGCGGGACGGCACCAGGGAGCCCGGCAAGCCCCCUAUGAGGGUCCGUCCCAAACCACAAGACUGCCCAGCAGGUACCGCCCCCACCGAGCAGAGAGGGGUGGGCUGCCCGCCCAUCGGAGCGGGGCCGGACAGAACGCCGACCGACGCCCCGCCCCCGGCUGCGUCCACCGACUGCGCACGCUCAGCAGGCUGCGCCAGCCCAGGGGCGGGUGACGCCCCGCCCCCGGGUGCUUCCACCGACUGUGCAAGCCCAGCAGGCUGCGCAGGCCCAGGGACGGGCGAAGUCGCCCCCCCCCCGCCGAUGAGCCCGGCUCGGAGGUGGGCGACCCCGCCCCCGCCGUGGCCAGGGGGAACUUCGUGGAAACACCGCAAUUCGGACACCAGGUCGUCACCGAACCAGACUCAAGCCGAGGCGGAGGCUGGCCCUCAAGAACCGGAAAGGCACAAAGAAAAGGCAACCUGUCCCUCACCCCACCACCCACGCCGGGCAAAGCAGGACGAGGACGGCCCGCUGAAUCCACAGAGCCCGCAGAAACCCACGGGGCUCCGACCCCCAGCACACCGUCCGGAGGCGGGGAGGGGGACUCCACAUCGGACAAAAACUCAAACUCCCCCUCCUCCACAUCCGAGGCAGAAGAGCUUCCCCGGGAACUCCGAGGGGUACAAGAGCCAGACCCCUCCCAAAGCUCCACACAUCUCUUCCACUGCACCAGCAGCGGUCCCGCAUCUAGAGUGCAAUCGUCAAAAAGGGCCUCCAUGA